ACGUGGGGAAGGCGGCCGCAGGCUGUUAGGGGCCCGGGCGUGGGUUCCGAGCGGGAGGGGGGAUGGGAGGCCUGCGGCUGCUGGCGGUGGCCCUCACCUGCUGCUGGUGGCCGCCGGGCGGCCAGGGUAAGACCCUGCGGGGCAGCUUCAGCAGCGCCGCGGCCCGAGACGCUCAGGGCCAGAGCAUCGGCCACUUCGAGUUCCACGGUGACCAUGCUCUUCUGUGUGUCAGAAUCAACAACAUAGCAGGAGCUGCUGGGAAAGAAGCUAAACUCUACCUGUUCCAAGCCCAGGAAUGGCUAAAGCUCCAGGAAAGCAGUCAUGGUUAUAGUUGCAAUGAAAAAUUGUCCAAAGCUCAGUUGACAAUGGCCAUGAAUCAGACUGAACAUAAUCUGACUGUGUCCCAGAUUCCAUAUCCACAAACGUGGCACGUGUUUUAUGCAGACAAGUAUACAUGCAAAGAUGACAAUGAGAAUUCUCUGGCAGAAGAUAUCCCAUUUGAAAUGAUGUUACUAAACCCAGAUGCCGAAGGGAAUCCAUUUGAUCAUUUUAGUGCUGGAGAAUCUGGGCUACAUGAGUUCUUCUUCCUCCUAGUCCUUGUGUACUUUGUGAUUGCCUGCAUUUAUGCUCAGUCAUUGUGGCAGGCUAUUAAGAAAGGAGGACCCAUGCACAUGAUUUUAAAGGUCCUGACAACUGCAUUGCUGUUACAAGCUGCUUCGGCUUUAGCUAAUUACAUUCAUUUUUCCAGUUACUCCAAAGAUGGACUAGGGAUACCUUUUAUGGGAAGUUUGGCAGAAUUUUUUGACAUUGCUUCCCAAAUUCAAAUGCUAUACCUGCUUCUGAGUCUGUGUAUGGGUUGGACAAUAGUGAGGAUGAAGAAGUCUCAAAGCAGACCUCUCCAGUGGGAUUCUACUCCUGCAUCCACUGGCAUUGCUGUAUUCAUUGUCAUAACGCAGAGUAUUUUGCUACUUUGGGAACAGUUUGAAGAUACCAGUCCUCACAGCUACCAUUCACAUCACAACUUAGCAGGGAUCUUGCUAAUCAUUUUAAGAAUUUGCCUAGCAUUGUCAUUAGGCUGUGGACUCUACCAGAUCAUCACAGUGGAGAGAAGCACGCUGAAAAGGGAGUUUUACAUCACAUUUGCCAAGGGCUGUAUCUUGUGGUUUUUAUGCCAUCCAGGUCUCGCAUGUAUUUCUGUCGUUUUUAGUGACUACCAAAGAGAUAAGGUUAUUACAAUAGGUGUUAUCCUUUGCCAGUCCGUUUCCAUGGUUAUUCUCUACAGACUCUUUCUGUCCCACAGUCUAUACUGGGAAGUCUCUUCACUUUCUUCAGUAACACUACCACUGACCAUAUCAUCUGGGCACAAAAGUCGGCCUCACUUCUGAUACUUGAUUUUCUUUAAAGGAAAAGUGAAUUGAUUUGAGAGUGCAAUAAGGAUCCAAAUGCAGUGACUUUUCUUUCAUACUUGUGGUAUGGAAAAUUGAACAAAGAAGGCCGAGCAUGUUAUUUAUACAACUGCAUUGAAGCAGUAUCAAACUGAAAAAAGGUAAUAAAUGUUUUGAAAUAUGCUUAAUAAACUUUGAAGAAAGAGUGUUGUUAUAAGGUGAUUUAUGCAAUUUCUCUGUGGAAAUUAAGAUGAAAAAGAAUUAUAUGAUAUUUUGGUAAGAGAUUCACCACUUACAAUGCCUCGUCUCAUAUCAAUAGUUAACUCAGGUUUGAUAGUCUUGUGAAAAGUAAUCAGUUAAAUGAUUACUUGCUUAUACAUAUCUAACUCCAGUUACAAAGUCAGUGUAAUACACUGAUUUAAAACUGCUUCUUUUUAUGCUUUGAGGAAAAUGCAUUUCGUAUUGGAGUUUAAAGGAAUUGAAAAUGAAAUUACUUCAGAAUGUGAAUAUAAAGUAUAUUUAUAGCUAAAUGAAUAAGCUUUUGUUUAUUUGUGUGUGGGGUUCUUCUCCAUUUUCUUCUAUCACUUCUGGCUCUAGUUCAGGUUCUAGCUUGAUUAGCAAAGGGUUUCUGACAGAUAAUUUAUGAAAAAUAACACUUAGAUACAUUACAUAGGUUAUUUGUUACAAAGAGUUCUCAAAUGUAAGCACUUAGGUGAAGAGACAAACAGGGUUCUAUGUUUAAAAAGAAAGAAGGAAAAAGUACUAUGUGAUAGGUACUAAAAUUUUAAUCCUGAUAUAAUUCAUUUCUCUUACAUUGAAUCCCCAAUCAUAAUUAAGCCGUAUACACAGAUUAAAUUAACAGAAGCAUUUCACAUAAAUGUUGGUUUCAGUCAUCAACUACCCAUGAAUUCCUGCCCAAGGAUACUUAAUCAGGAUUAAAUUUUCUAUGAAUAAUUGAAAAACAAAAUACUCACUGGAUUUGUUAUAAUCCGUGUUGGCACUGGAUUCUAAGUAGUUGCCAUCUUGAAUCCUUUGUAAUAAAGCCAUAUUUUUUUGUGUAUGUGAUGCCCCAGUAUUGAGUAUGCUAGCUGCAAAACACUCUAUCAAGUGCCUGUUUAAAGAAUUGCUAAAUGGUUGUCAAUACCUGCUGUAUAAAAUGAGUAUUCCCAUUAGUAGUCACUGAUUGGAAAGGAUUCUGUUUCUGUGUGUCAUGUCAUUCAGACCUUUUCAUUUUCACAUCUGGCUUUAAAAAAAAUAUUCUUUAUCAACUGUUAAAGGUAUUACAUUUUUAAGCAAGAAAUGGUGCACUGAUCUGGUAAUUAAAGUUUUUAAUUAAGUAGUUAGCGUAGCGUAACUUUAAUAUAUCUAUGGCUUCGUCUUUGUUUUUACCUGACACCUAGUCUCAUUGGAAAUGAACAGUAUUCUGUUUCAUUUUAAAGGCAAGAUGCAUAGGUUCUUGAGCAGCAAACUGGCAGAAUGGCAGAGGUCAGCCUGCUCAUUAAAUCAUUUUCCUAACAGUUCUCUGUAAAUUAUCUAAUAAAUGAGGGCUGCAGGUUACCACUAGAAAGUCCGAAGUAUAUUUUAGGUUUAUGUGAUCUGCUGUGGGGUCACAACCUUUUCUUUUAGCCCGUCUCGCUCAUAACCCCGGUUUCUGUCUGUCGCGUUCAACUGAGGUGCAGUUAAUUAAGCAGGACAAAAAGGUGAAGUCUUUUCCUAAGUGUUGUGAACUUGCAACAGUGGAAAGGGAGUAACUUUUCUGUUGCUUACGCAAAGAUCACAGAAACUGUAAUCUGAAUAUAUGAAAUAUGUUGUUGUGCUUGCAUAUAUGAAACUUUAACAGGUCUUUUUUUACUUUAAGUAUCUUUUAAUUUAUGGUUGAAUUGUUGAUAAUUUAUUUUGUUAUUCAGGAGCCAUUGUUAAAUGAAGGAAAACAGUUGUUAAUAAUUAACAUAUAACACCUAAGACACUGUUAAUAAAUCUAGUAAUCAGAGCUCAGAAUUUAUAGUCCGUAAGUCGUGGCACAGCAUCGCUCUUCUCUUGCUGGAUGUUUGCAGGAGACCUGUCAGCGCCGAGCAUGGAAGGAUAGACUGCAAACUCUCCUUAAGAUCAAAACUGCUCUACUUUUCUUUCUGACAGAUCAUGCUUUCCUACAUCUGUGUUUACAUUUUUUUCUUAAAGAAGAUGAGUAUGUCCAGAGCUUUUUUUUUCCUUUUUUUUUUUCCAUUUUUUUCCAUUUUAUUUCUUCCUUUAGGAGGGUAAAGAAAAUAUUUACUUCUGUUGACACGUGUAACAAUACUAGCUCCUACUUAACUGAAUGUCUGCUGUGCGUCAGGCCCCUUAUCUUCGUCACUGAGCCCUACCGUGCUGGCAGAGCUCCCCUUCAACUGCGUGUGAGAGAGAAUAAAUGAGUUCUCUAAAGGCACCUGACUUCUCUUUCAUUUUUCUACUUCACCCUCAUGAUUUAAUGAGCACCUAUUAGGUGUGUAUGUUUUCAGUGAGAAUGCGUGGCUAUCCAUAGUUAAUUUUGGCUGUUGAUUUUAACAUUAAACCUGAAAUUGUACUGAGGUCAGAAGUGAGGUUUCGCGUGUAAGUGUGCACUGAGCACACUUCAGUAUUUGAACCUUGGCUUUCAGCUAGAGGCAAAAGAGCUUGUUUUAGGAAGGCUGUCUGUGGUCUCAACUUGUAGGCUAAGUCUACUAAAACUAGAAGAUUGGCAAGUCCAAGGCCAGCUGUGAUGUAGUGAGACUAGAACACAUACAUCAACAUGAGCCCUGGCCCCUUCAGCACGUUUCCCUGAGGAGGCAGUGCCGAUCCUCGGGAAAUUCUUAGGAAAUCCAGAAUUAUUUGUGUAACAUUCUAUUUAAAUAGCUUCAGUGGUGUCAGAUCUUCAAGAUUUUUGUUUGUUUUGAGAAGUAAUAUAACCAAUCAAUUUGAGACCAGAUCUAAAAAGGUAAUACCAUUUUUGGUACCAACAUGAAUUCUUGAGUUGAGACUAAAAUGACAAAAUUGGUUUUCCUGUGAAAUCUGAAAAGCAGUGUGGAAGCACACUGGCCUGAACUCUUGAAUAGUUCUUGAAGGAAUAUUGCUGCUUCCACACUCCGGCAGCCUUUUCUGCACGUCUCCCAGGGCAUCGUGCACAGCGUCCUCUAGGAGUGUGGCUUACAUAGAAAACCAGGAGAUCUGGAGGAGUCCUAGAGAGAAGUGGCCCUGCCCGCCAAAGCCCAUUCUCUGCACAGUGAAGGGAAAUCAGUUGGAUGAUAGAAUUCUUUGUGCUAAUCUUAGGCCUUUUUUUAAGUUCGAAAUUAUUUUAAAACAGAGUUUAAAAUGAUAAAUCAGACCAAACUACUACUGGCUUGUCAAAAACUCUCCAUUUGCUUUCCUUUGCACUUAGAAAAAAGUGAUCCAUGCUCCUUACCGUAUUCUACAAGGACCCAUGUGACCUGAUCCCUGCCUCUCUGACCUCAUUUCAUACCACUCUCCCUCUCACCAUACUCCAACCCCAUCAUCAAAAAAUACCGUGUUUGUAUCGCUGCCUCAGGGCCUUUGCAGUAACUAUUUCUGCCUGGAAUACUCUCUUCCAAAUCUUGGCAUUGGCUGUGUGGCUGAAUCCUCCUUGCCCUCCAGGUUCUCAGCUCAAAUAUCUUUCAGAGACCUCUGAGCAUUGGUAGUGGCUUUAUGUGGUGCCAGUAUAGCUAAGCUGGAGAUAUGUUCCUCUUAAUUCUCCCUGCAUAAUUUUAGGAUCGUGUGGGUCACAAGAGAUGUGUGGUGUGAGAUUCAGAAGGCAGAAGUUAAGUAGCCAGAUCCAGAUUUCUAUAAUUGAAAGGUCCAAGCAGGGCACGCAUUGUUGUGGCUUACCCACAUUAUUGCGUAUCUGCUGGCUUAUCUUUUUGGUCUGUGGGCCAACAACCAGGCAUGCAGAAACGCCAGCUCCUGCUGGAUCACCUCCUUUACUUUCUCUGACUCCUCGGCCAGGUAUGUGUUUCAUUCUGUGACAGAGGGUGCCAGGUUCUGCAGCACAACCCUGUCAUUGAGGUUGGAGGCUUGGAGGCAGCGGGAGACUGGCAUGGGUUCCACUGAGUCCCCGUGGGUUCUGCUCUCCUCUCCUGGCAGGUCCCAGUAUGUUCUCGCUUCCCCCGCUUCACAUCCGUCCCCCCUUCCCUUUUUGUGGCCUCCCUGUCACAAAAGAACAGCCUCCUAUAAUCCCUAUUACAAAUCCUUUCUUUUAUAUAUUAAAAAUGGUGUGUGAGUGAUACCCUAGUGGUUCUUCUCUGAUCAGAUGCUAACUGAGAGGUCAUCCGAACAGAUGCUACCCCAUCCGGAUUGCUCUGUCACAUUUCCCCUUUUCUUGUUAAACUUCCCACUUUAUCUUUGCCUGUUGCCUCUCAUCCCAAUUAGAAUGUAAAUUCUAAGGGAGUUUGGCCAUCGUCUGGAUUGUUCACUGCUGUAUCCCUAGCACCUAGAGCAUUCCCUGGUGCACACGAGAUGCUCAAAAAUGUUCUUGAAUUAAUGAAAGCAAUUUUGAAAAAGUUUCAGACAUGCACUUAGCAAUAUGGCAUGAAUUAAAUCAUAGAACCUCCCAUAAUGACUUUAUGCCUUCCUUGCCUGUUCUUCAUUUAAUUACAUGGAACCAAGAAUGUGUACAAAUCUUGCAUAGCCAAGUAGUUGUUCUGAAGUUUAAUCUCUAAAACUCAUCAGUUAUGAGAGGCUUCCUCAAGUUGUCAAAGAGGCAGUUUCUCUCUAUUUUAUAUAGUAUUGGAACUAUGUGCCUUGUUUCUCAGACCACUACAACUAAACGCACCAAUUUAAAAGAAGUUUGAGUCAACUAGAGGAAGAAGGUUGAUGGCAGUGAGAAGUAGCUGGGAGAAAUCGGAAAAACUAAAAAUGGCACUAACUCAAAUCACAGGAGCCUGGGGUCAUGCAGUGUGGGUGAAAACAGCCCUGUGGCCUGAAUAGACCCUUAGGGCUUCGUUGUUCAGUAUAACUUCUGACAAUGGCUCUUAGUAAUCAAAGAUUAAAUUACAUGUAAUGUUCAGUAUCCUCAGAGAAAUGUGCAAAUACAUUGUGAUGUUUUAUUCUUGUUAAGUAGGUAUUAUGUGCAUAAUUGUGCAAAAAUCAGAAGGUUGAAAGGGUAAAAAAUUAAGUCAGCCAUUUCCCUUCCAUUGAUCCACACUCUGCUAUCAGUUUCUUGUUUAUUUUUCUGGAUGGCCUCAUGUGUAUAUAAACACGCACAUAUAUAUGAAACACAAAUGGUACUAUAGUAUACCGUACACAAUGUUUUGCAUAUUCAGCAGUUUAUUCUGUGUCCUUACCUACAGAAUUGCCCCAUUUUCUUCAUUCGUUGCAUAGAACCCCAUUAUAUGGGUAUAUUUUAAUUUUUUUAAAUCAGUCCUCUGCCACUGGACAGUGUUAGUUUCCACUCUUUUGCUAUUACAAAUAGCUUCUAAACACUUGGAAUAAAAUAAAAUGGAUAAAAAAUUUGCCUCUUCCCCUCUUCCCAGCACUACAGCUCCCCUCCCCUUUUCAGGAUCUAAAUCCUUGGAAGUUCCAGAGUGAAUGAAGUGUCUUUGUUAUUCAUGGUGGAACCUGAUAGUUCAUGUUAAUGAUAUGACUCAGGAUGAAGGCUAGCCACACCCAAAAUACCAACCAUGUGAUUAGAGAGUUGGGGCUUUGGGGCACAGUGAUAACAGCCUGACCUCUGGGGUGGGAAGGACUGGAGAUUAAAUUCAGCCUUGUGGCCAAUGAUUCAGUUGGCUAUGCCUAUGUAAUAAAGCCCAACAAAAACCCGACACCAAGCUCAGGUGAGCUUUUUUGGUUUUUGUUUUGUGUAAUACAGUGGAAUUCUCAAUUUUUUUAUGGCUUCUGUGUUCUUCUUAUGUCACAGAUAGAAAAGCAUUACCUCUUUGAAAUUAUGUUUCAGUUGUCCAUAUUUUCUAGUAGAUUUACAUUUUUAUCUAUUUAAAGUUUUGAUUCACCUAGAAUUUAUUUUGCUAUAAAAUAUAAGCUAGGGAUCCAACUUAAUUUUUUUCAGAUGGUUGCCCUCUUUUACAACAUCAUAUAUUGUGUAAUCUACCUUCUCUUUACUGAUUUGUUGCUAGUCUAUUUCUGGGCUUAAGGCUAUUUCAGUGAACUGUUUGAUCUGUGAUCUAAAACUGCACUAUUUUAAUUAUUGUAGCUUUAAAAUAUGCCAUAUUGUCUGGUGGGGAGAAUUUACCUGUUAGUGCUCUUCUUUGUUAUAAUUUUUAUGAUUAUACCUACCACUUCUUUCAUAAUGAACUUUAGAAUCAAUUUUUCUGAUUUUUAAAAGAAAAAUCUUGUUUACUAUUUCUAGUGGGAUGAACUAAAUUCCUAUAGCAAAUUAGGGAGAAACGACUUUAUUAACAUGUUGGAUAUUAAUCCCACAGAUGGUUGCUCAUCUUUUUGGCUCCUUAGCCAAGCAUUUCAUUAACUGUAUGAACCUGUGAUUGCUCUCAUAGUGAUCCAAGAAAGUGGUAUGAAAUACUUUUCUAUUUGUUUAAUGUGAACAUGUGUUUGCCAAUCACUUUUAAAGGACUUCUUUAUAUAGAUCUUGUACAUUUCAUUAUACCCCUUGGAUAUUUGAGUGUUUUCUUUCAUUCUGUCUUGCAAAUGGCUGUUGUUUUACACAUGAAGUGUGUUAAUUUCUGUAUUUUAAUUUUGCUCCCAAUUCUAACUGAAUUAUAAUAAUUGUAAUUAUUUUCUA